AUUAAGGCUAGGAUUAAUACUAGGACCUUAAUAUUAGCACUUCAAUUUUGUUCCUCAAACUCCCUCCACUUGUCAUAAAUCAAACAACACCCCACCCAUCUCUAGUGGUGUUGUGAAAAAAAAGUUUAAUGAAUGAUAAGAUAGGAUAAAGGGGUCCUUAUUACAAUCUUUUCUUUAAUUUUUGGAUGAACAUGGAUGACAUUUAAUAAAACAAGAUUGUUUUUUUUUUCUGCUAGUUGAGUUUUUCUUCUAUGCAGUAUCAACCCACAUUAGUCAUAGCUGCAUUGAUUUUUGCCUCUAUUCAAUUGCUCUGUUCCAUUGGAUUCUCUGUUUCAACACUCUUAAUUAUUUUUUUUGUGAAGAGCAAUAAGUUUUUUGGCGCUUGUGUAGAGCAAUUGGCUUUGAUUUUGUGUUCUAUAGGGCUAUUUUUUUUUUUUGUUAAGGGUGGUGGCUAGACCAAUCUGCAUGCGAACCCGACUGUUCUAUCGGGUACCUGCUACGUCACACCAGGACAGGGAAUGGUUGUAAAACACAUCUUGUGUGGUGCUUGUAAUCAUAGAACUGCUAAGGAACUCAGUAUGGAUGCAGUAAGUACCUCAGAAAACAAAGCUGUUGUUGCUGGACAGAAUAAUAAUCUCUCUUCCGCGGCUUCUGCUCAAGACCUCAGAUUGUUUGAGAUGGAAAACGAGAAACAUGAUGAUUCUUCUCCUAGAGGGGUUAUUGAAGCAUGUAUCAGAAACCAGGGUAAUGGCUCCAGUUCUUCUAAAGCUAAGCCCUCAGGUUCUCAGCUCUGCUUAUCAAAUCCACGGAUGUCCUCUCGCUGGCACAAGUUCUUCAAAAUGUGGAAAAGAAGUUCUAUCAAGAGACUACCUUCUUUUCCACCUUUAGCUGUGCCAAAGAUAUCCAGAAGGAAAAGCAGAAGCGUGAGGGAAAAUGCACCAACGUCUUUCGACCCAUUCAAAUCAUCCUGGAAAAACUUCACCCUAUCUGACCUGAAAAAUGCUACCGAUAAUUUUAGCGAAGAAAACUUGAUUGGCAAAGGAGGAUAUGCUGAAGUUUACAAGGGUUGUUUGCCUGAUGGUCAGCUUGUCGCAGUUAAGCGCCUCAAUAAAGGUACUCCAGAGGAGCAGGAACAAAGCUUCCUAUGUGAAAUUGGGACUAUAGCACAUGUAGACCAUCCUAAUACUGCAAGGAUGGUUGGCUAUGGAGUGGAAGGAGGCACAUAUCUUGUUCUUCAGUUAUCUUCUCAAGGGAGCUUAGGAUCAUUUCUUCGUGGCUCAAGGGAUAAGCUAGAUUGGGCUGCCAGGUACAAAAUAAUUUUUGGAAUAGCACAUGGCCUACUUUAUCUUCAUGAGAAUUGCCAAAGGCGGAUUAUACACAGAGAUAUCAAAGCUGAUAAUAUUCUACUUACAGAGGAUUUUGUGCCUCAGAUUUGUGACUUUGGCCUCGCAAAGUGGCUUCCCAAAGAGUGGACACAUCAUAAUGUGGGCAAGUUUGAAGGCACAUUUGGUUAUUUCGCUCCAGAGUAUUUUAUGCAUGGCAUUGUGGAUGAGAAAACCGAUGUAUUUUCUUUUGGUGUGCUGCUAUUGGAGAUAAUAACUGGAAGGCAAGCAUUAGAUGAUUCACAGCAGAGCCUUGUGCUUUGGGCAAAGCCUCUGCUCGAUGAGCACAACAUGAAAGGACUAAUUGAUCCUGUUCUUGGUGAUAAGUACAAUCCAAAAGAGAUGGAGCGUGUGAUUCUAACUGCUGGCUUAUGUGUAGAACAGAAUCCACUUAAGCGGCCUCGAAUGAACGAGGCUAUCGUCCUGCUGAGGACUGAUGAAGCUUGCUACAAGCAGAGAUUCCUGGGAAGGAGGACAUAUUCGGAAGAACUCAUGGAUGCAGCAGAGUACAACUCGACAAAAUGCUUAAAUGAUCUUAAACAGCUUAAGCUAAGACAUUCAGUUUCUGAUAACAUAAAGACCUCAGCAACUUAGUUAGAAUUGGUAAUCAGCUUGUUACACAGUUUAGUCACAGGAAAAUUAAAUUUUUUGGGUGCUCCUUUUUACCGUCAUAUGUAAGUUUCAAAUAAUUAUCUCUGUUUUGCAUGGAAUUUUGAGAAAGAGGUAGAAAGGCCCUUACUCUUUCAAAUGCCAUGGGAAACAUAGUGAAGUGAGUAAAUUCUCAUUAGGUGGUGUUCAUGUAUAGAUAUAGUAGACUUUAGACAUAUAAAAACUAUACUUGUAAGUUAAAAGGUUCAAAGUGCUUUAUUUUUCUUCUUUAAAUACUGGUGCUUUUUGG